AUGGCACCGUCUACCACUACGGCUGCCAGCAGCGCCGCGACUACCACUGGAAAUAGCGGGGACAGCUCAGGCUCAGGCGCGACAAGCUCGCCGCUGCUGUUUUUUGUCGCGCUUGGUUUCGGCGUAGUUUUCACCAAUUUAUGGAUUAUUGUUGGCGUCAAAUACUGUUUCCGAUAUAACCAGCGAAACCGCCAGCUGCGCGGCGAGGAGACGGGUGAUCCGAUAGAUCUCGUAGCCAUGCCUCGACCUCAUCGACGACGUCGAGAGAAAAAGUUGAUGACGAUGGACGAGGUCAACGAGCGAUUCCCCCUCGUGAAAUACAAAGUCUGGAGAUCAUCUCGCGCCAACCAAGGUCUUCCAACCGAAGGUGGAAUUACGGCCCCGAACAGUAGACCGCAGAGUGUGAAGGAUGAAGGUGAUGUUGUAACGACACCGAUUGCCGUUACGACGCUCGCAAACUCGCCGUCAUCCGCAGAGCACGAACAAGAUGAAUCCAAUGCCCGUCGUGCCCCCCUUCCUGACCCAUCAACUAAGCCAGCUGCAGCACAUGCUGGCGAGAAGGCUUCGCCCGAUUUGGCAGAGGCCUCCACGCACGAGGAUAGAGAUGCAGCUAUUGCAGAAGACACCUGGCGGCAUUCCUUGGUGAAAGAGAAUAUUGAGCUUGAAGAAGACGACGAUGGUGAUCAAAUCCGGAAAUCUGUUCCUUCUGAACUACUGCCAAACCCUGGUGAUUCUUGCGCAAUCUGCUUGGAUAUUAUUGAGGAUGAUGAUGAUAUCAGGGGAUUGACUUGUGGCCACGCUUUCCAUGCGUCUUGCGUCGACCCGUGGUUGACAAGUAGACGAGCCUGCUGUCCCCUAUGCAAGGCUGAUUACUAUGUGCCCAAGCCUCGCUCUCAGGCAGCUGAAGGUGCAUCCAAUACUCACCGCCAUGGACGUCGUGCUGUCUCGAAUCGUGGCGAUGUUCUUGCUCGACCCCCUAGGGCAGCUCGGCCCGGGGGUCCAACAAACCUGUUCCGAGUACCCAUAACACUCCCUGGCAGACUUUUCCAAUCAUCACAGUCUCUGCGAGAUGGCUCCCCGCGGGCAGGACCCCGCAACGGGCCAGCACAUGUGGACCCAGAUGCUGCACCACAACAACCACGCUGGUUGCGCUUCGUCCCGAGUCGCCUCCGUCAAUCCUCAUCUCAACCAGCUUCAACAAAUGCACCCACAUCUCCUGUUGGGGGCUCAUCGGUUUUUGCUGGCACACACAGUCGUACGCCAGGGCAACUUGAAGCUGGCACGUAA